CAACUAAAGUGUUUCGAGGCGUUCAAGGCGGACGACGUAUUUGAGUCGCAAAUUUCGUUAGGUGAACAUAGUUGCUGGAAUUUUGGUUUUUAAAAAGUAUUAAUUGAGAUAUUUUGAUCACUUAACUAUUGAUCCAUUAACUGGAAAACCAUGUCAACACCAAUUGGCCCCAUUCCUUGCAGUUUAACCUGCCCCAAUUGUUCAAAGCAGGUCAACUCGCGUCUGGAAUAUCGAGCAUCAUCGAAGACACACAUCAUCGCAUUACUUCUCGCUGGAAUGCUCUGCAUACCUUGCGCUGGCAUGUUAUAUUGUACGCAGUGCGCACGAAAUGUGGAACAUUACUGUCCAACCUGCAAUGCUUUUUUGGGUGUGUAUGAUCGUUAAAAAGUGGCGAUCACUUUCGGUAAAUGGUUGAACGUUAAAUACUUGGUUAACUAGAACUUGUACAAUAUUUUAGCAGAAUAUCAGUCUCUAAAGAAAAAAAAUUAUAUUUUUAACUACAUGCUUAUAUGGAUGUAUUAAAAAUGCUCAAAAGUCGCACACAAAAUAAUUCUGAAAUAACAAUUUUAGCCAGAAAACGAUAAUCGGACAAGUUUCAUUCGGAACGAAAUCAUUUUUGUCUAGUAUCUAUGAACAUGCUACAUUACAUUAGGUUUAUUCGAUUAUUCGCCUAUUUUCUAAAACCGGUUGAGUUAUUCUAAAAGUAACGAAUUCAAAAAAUAA